AUACUAAUGAAAAUCUCAAUUUCAUACGUGAUGAUGAUAAUGACUACAAUGUGUUCGGUGCAAGUGUCAUCAACUCUGAUUCUAAAACUAAUGACCUGGAUCCAUAUAUAGCUCAACGAGACAAUACUAUUAAAAGCAUAUCACUUGAAUACAACCCACCUAAUGAAAAUGAGGAACUUGUGGUAGACAUAGAAACUACUGGUUCUACAAUAAAAAUUUCAACAGACAGGAAAAUAUACAGAGAG